ACUUCUGUUUACAUCUAGAAGUAGAGAGUUAGACCUUAGAGAGUAGAGACUGAUAAGUGAUAACCAAAUUCAGACGAUCGUCAAAUUGUUGUGAAUUUAUUUGCGUAGCUUCAUUGCAUAAUUUCGUAACAUUUGAAUUUAGAACGUUAUUAGAAUUGUUUUGUGGUUAAAUGUAUAAUAUAUUAUAGUAAAAUGGUAUUUUUUUUUACAAGUAACGUGGUAUCGCCACAGGUUACUCUGUUUAUGGGUGCCGACAAACAUGAAAAUGAAGACUUGAUUAAAUGGGGUUGGCCAGAAGAUGUUUGGUUUCAUGUUGACAAAGUAUCAUCAGCUCACGUGUAUCUCAGGUUAUCGGCUGGUCAAACUAUAGAUGAUAUACCCAAUUCCGUUCUUGAUGAUGCAUGUCAACUAGUUAAGGCUAACUCCAUUAUGGGCAAUAAAAUGAAUGACAUCGAUAUUGUGUACACAAUGUGGUCAAAUUUGAAGAAAACCCCUAGCAUGGAGGUAGGUCAAGUUGCAUUUCAUAAAGAUAGAGAUGUAAGAAAAGUUAGAGUGGCUAAAAGAUGUAAUGAUAUAAUUAAUAGACUUAACAAGACUAAGAAAGAAGCAUUUCCUGACCUUAGACAAGAAAGAGAAACAAGAGAUAGAUCAGAAAGAGAAGACAAAAAGAAAGUUUUGAGAGAAAAGAAAGAAAAGGAAAAGGAAGAAGAAAAGCGGAAGAAAGAUGAAGCAGAGCUCAAAAGUUACUCUACAUUAAUGAAACCUGAAAAUAUGACAACAAAUUAUGAUGGCAAUGAUUCUGAUGACUUUAUGUAGUACUUACUUACUCUCCUGAUUCUUUUCUUUAAUAUUUUUAAGUUAUUGCUAACUGAAAUACUUUCAUUUCUGUCUCAGUUCUUGAGCAUCCAAUGUUUGCAGUUGGGUGUGUCAACUUUGGAUUUAUUUAUAUAUUUAUAAGCUUAGUCAUUGUGGAGAUUGGGCUGCAAUACUGAGACAUUGAAUAAAGCCCACUAUUUUUAUUAAACCCAUUAAAUUUAAGUAAUUAAAUUAAAAAAAAAAUACAAUACAUUUUUGUAUUCGAAGAAAUGAAGCUCAAUAUGAGCAAAUAAUUUUAGGCCAAUUAUGUUUUAUCCAAAAUACUUUUACACUUGAUAGUUUUCUUUUCAUUUUAUUUACAAUAUUUUUGUAAAAGAUCCUUACAAUUGCCUAUAUCAAUAGAAGCUAUUAAAGUUCAGGUGUUAUUU